AUGGUCCCCAGACAGCAAAGAAAACCGUCUUCCCCGACCAAUGAGAUCAGCCUAACAGCCUCGAAAAUUGCUUCCAGAUCAUAUCAAUACUUCAGACUAUCAUCGGGCUUCGUGUACUCUGCGUUGUUGGCCCGAUGGCUAGCUCUAUACCCGUUGGUUGGAUCAAAAUUCUUAGCGGGUGGAAUUCAUGAAUUUUUAUGCUACGUGAUGGUAUAUUCUGCCACUGGAGAGCUAUUUUGGAACUUGAAGCAUUAUGGUGUGAAGAGAGUUCAGGGUAGAACAGUGCUGAAGAAUGUCAAUUACCUGUAUUUCGUUGCAACACUACAUUUCCACGACGAUUACGAGCAUGCACCCGUUUUGAAAAGUCGUAGCUAUAGUUUAUUCAUAAUUGCGCUUUCUUUGACGCAGGCUUAUUGCAAUUGGUCUAGGUUGUUCAAACCGGUGAACAGAUCUAGAAAAUCGAUGUGGUGGAAAAUUGACUCGAUCGCUUUACAACCGGUCCUAUACCUGUGUGAAUUUUACCUCUUACUUUUGAACCUACAAACACCCAAUUUCCACUCGUAUCAGUAUUCUGAGCUGAUCAACAAGCUCAUUCUGAUAGCGUUCAUUCCGAUGGCUUUACAUGCCUACAGAAAGCAAAUUGCACUGCUUUGA